GAAUAAAUUACAUAAAGAUCAAUAAGACCAGACACAUCAUGUCGAUACAGAGAUUACCGGAAAUAAUUACAUAUAUACGAACACAUUCAUGUAAAAUGGUGGUGGUGGAAAAGGAACUAUAGCCAAUCCUUAAGAUAUACUGCGUCGUUACAGUUUUAUUAUUUCAACCAUUUAAAUUCUUCAAACAAAUCCAAAGAAAAUAAAUUUUUGUCCUCGAAAUGGCUCCGGAAAGAUCGAAUAUGUCUACUACAAAUCAGUUAAGAAAUGCAUCCUCUGUAUUCACAAGCACAUCAGGUAUACAAUCAAACUUUAAUGCAUAUAAUGCUCCAGCAACUGGCGUUCCUCCUCCUUUACCACCACGACAAUCCAUGGGAUAUAAUGAAUACAGACCAGGUUAUUUAAAUAGUUAUGGAGGUUACGGUAGUAUGAAUAAUUAUUAUAGAGGAUACAAUAGCUAUGGUUCUUUUGGGGGAUAUACAGGAUAUUCAAACAAUUCUAAUUAUAAUAAUUAUGGUUUUAUUGGUGGACCUAGUGGAGAUAUAGAAAGUAGAUUUACACAGUAUGCAGAAGACAGUACAAGGUCUACUUUUCAAAUGUUAGAAACUGUCUUGCAAACAUUCUCAUCCGUUACAAUGUUACUAGAAUCUACAUAUUUUGCAAUAACAAAUUGUUUUAAGGCCAUUUUAAGCGUUGCCGACAGCGUUGGAAGAUUGCGUUCUACCAUUAGUCAGCUUUUAAGCACAUUUGCUUUAAUUCGUUUCUUAAAAUGGAUAUACAGAAAAAUUACUUAUACAAUUGGUUUACGUAAAGGAAAUCUUGCUGAGGAAGAAUUAUGGCAAAAAUCAUUAAUUGAAGCAGUAAGAGAGGAAAAGAGCUCCAGUUCUUUAUGGUCUAAUUUUCUAUUUCUUGGCAUCUUUGUUAUCAUUCCAUAUUUGAUUCAUAAAAUAUCGAGUAAUGUUAAAGAACUUAAAGUAAAAUGUACUGAUCCCAAAGAAUGGACGAAUUUAAAAGAACCAGUCUAUGCAGCAAAUGCCUUGUACGAUUUUACAGCUACAUGUAGUGAUGAAUUGAAUAUGAAAGCAGGACAAAAAAUUUGGUUGGCUCCCCAACCUUUACAACCUAAAAAUAUACCUGGUUGGUGGAUAGCAACAGAUAGUAAAAAUGUUGGUUUAAUACCAUCCAAUUAUGUUACUAUCGUAGCACAACUUAAAAAAAGACCAGAAGUAAAACCACCCGAGAAUUCAACUCCUAAUGUGUCUACACAAAAUGCAAAUGAACUUCAACAAGAUUCUUUGUUAGAUAAUGGACAUAACAAUUAUAAAAGUAAUAAUCAAAAUGUUGAGUUACAUGAAACAUGUGAUAAGGAAAGUCAAAAAAUUGAAUUUCCUGAAACAUCUAAUAAGACUGAUUAUUGUGAAAAACAAUUGGCAUAGUAAAUAAAAUUUUAAAUAUUGUCUA